GAAGGCGGAGGAGGUGCCGGACCCAGAACCCCGGACCCGUCCACGUUCUCGGCACCAUGGCCGCCACCGCCUCGCUGCGCGACUGCCAGGCGUGGAAAGAUGCGGGCCUCCCUCUAUCGACAACUAGCAACGAGGCCUGCAGGCUGUUUGAUGCUACCUUGACCCAGUACGUCAAAUGGACCAAUGACAAAAGUCUUGGUGGCAUUGAGGGCUGCCUGUCAAAGCUCAAAGCAGCAGAUCCAACCUUUGCGAUGGGCCACGCCAUCUCGAACGGCCUCGUACUGAUCGGCACUGGAAGUUCUGUGAGGCUGGACAGGGAGCUGGACCUGGCCGUGAAGACGAUGGUGGAGGUCUCCAAGACGCAGCCGCUGACGCGGCGGGAGCAGCUGCACGUGUCUGCGGUGGAGACCUUUGCCAACGGGAACUUUUCCAGAGCCUGUGAACUAUGGGAACAGAUUCUCUGGGACCACCCAACAGACAUGUUAGCCCUAAAAUUUUCCCACGAUGCCUACUUUUACCUGGGCUACCAGGAACAGAUGCGGGACUCCGUGGCUCGGAUUUACCCCUUCUGGACACCUGACACCCCCCUUAGCAGCUACGUGAAAGGCAUCUAUUCUUUUGGAUUGAUGGAAACCAACUUCUAUGAUAAGGCAGAAAAGCUUGCCAAAGAGGCUUUGUCCAUCAACCCAACAGACGCAUGGUCGGUGCACACCGUUGCCCACAUUCACGAGAUGAAGGCAGAAAUCCAGGGUGGAUUGGAAUUUAUGCAGCACUCGGAAACCCACUGGAAGGACGCUGAUAUGCUUGCUUGUCAUAAUUAUUGGCACUGGGCUCUGUAUCUGAUUGAGAAGGGCGAAUACGAGGCUGCGCUGACCAUUUACGAUAAGCACGUCCUCCCCAGCUUGAAGGCCAGCGGGGCGAUGCUGGAUGUGGUGGACAGCUGCUCCAUGCUGUACCGGCUGCAGAUGGAAGGGGUGUCCGUGGGUGAGCGGUGGCAGGAUGUCCUGCCGGUGACCCAGAAGCACAGCCGUGACCACAUCCUGCUGUUCAACGACGCGCACUUCCUGAUGGCAUCCCUGGGCGCUCGGGACCCCCUGACCACGCAGGAGCUUCUGACCACCCUGCAGGACGCCAGCGAGUCCCCUGGGGAGAACUGCCAGCACCUCCUGGCCCGUGACGUGGGGCUGCCUCUGUGCCAGGCCCUGGUGGAGGCCGAGAACGGGAACCCAGACCGUGUGGUGGAGCUGCUGCUGCCCAUCCGCUACCGGAUUGUCCAGAUCGGAGGCAGCAACGCCCAGAGAGACGUCUUCAACCAGUUACUGAUCCACGCAGCCUUGAACUGCACUUCCGGCGUCCACAAGAACGUGGCGCGGAGCCUUCUGAUGGAGCGUGAUGCCUUGAAGCCGAACUCACCCCUGACCCAGCGGCUCAUCCGAAAGGCCGCGGCCGUCCACCUCCUGCAGUGAGCUGGGACUGGCCCCCUGGCUUCUAGGGUUAGAAGCGGCUAGAGCCUAUUAGGUGGUUCUGUUCAGUAAUUUUGCAGCUUUAAGCCAAAAGCCCUGUAACCAGCAGUGUUACAGGAAGCGGGGAUACAAAUCAACUUUAAACAUGAUUCAGGAUCUUCUCAACCUUGUUAAGGGCCGAGGUGCAGUUUCAAGCAGUUAGAACCAACGUGGCCAGUUUUGUUACCACUUGCCUGGCACUCCCACAUCUGGAGUUCAAGGGCUGGAAGGCGGGGUUGGCUGGAGGCCGGCUCAGCUCAGGGAGGACAGACUUCCACACAGUCCCCCGGGACGCCCUCCCCCAGGCUGCCCGUGGGAUAAACCCUCACGUUGUCUUCCUCAUCAUAAUUCUAGAUAUGUUGUCCCAGCUUUUGGCGGAGGGCACCCACGAGGGGGGGAAGUGACUUGCUGGGGGUCACAGCCCGUGGAGGCCCGGUGGAGAUCUGCCUUGGGUAUGGGGGUCCCCCAGCUGUUGCACCCCCACCCCCCGCCUCAAAGAAGCACAAGCAAGUGGAGGCCCCUCUGCUGUCUCUGGAGAGGUCUGCGAGCUUCCCAGGGGGCUUGGUGGUGCCCAUAGAGGGGCCUCGGGUAUGUGGUUUCCUUUGCCAACUAGGACUUUAAUCAUGCGAACACGCAUGCACUGAGUUGACACGCUUUCUGGGGUGCGUGGAUGGAGCUCAGGGUUGCCCUGUUGUGGCAAAAACCACAAAGCACUGUGCGGCCUGUAGCUUUACCACAAUCUGAGCCACUUUUAUAAAUGCUGCCUCGGUCUGUCUCCCCCCUUUUCGUAACCUGGCCCCUAAAUCAGGGAUUUCACUGGAAUGUGCCCAUGAGGGGCGAUCCUGGCCCCUAAAUGUUUCUCAGGUUCCUUCAGCGCGUGCCGGCAUUAGGUAGGGACUGAGGUGGGAGGCAGGUCUCCUGGGAGACAGUGGAGGCCUCCAAAUCGAUUGGACAAAUUUCUGAGAUUCAAAUAAAUUACGUAAUCAGUUC